UCUCACCUCCACCUCCCAGCAUCACCCUCCAAUCAACAAAAUACAGCACAUACACACACACAGAAUAUGACCAGCACAACCCCCUCACACCCCAUUCAACCGCCCUUUGAUAUCCAACUCCGCCGACUUGUGGAUGCCCACAUCCUACACGAAAACACCGCCCAAGCAGCACAAAAAUGCCUCGAGACACUCCAAAAAAUAGCAACCAACAUUCUAAACAACCGAACAAACACCAAAUACUUUUCCCUAAAAGAUAGUAACCAGCAUCUCCAAAAUACAAUCCUAAAACAAAAGGGCGGACAAGAUGCGCUUGUAUUAAUGGGGUUCCGGAAACGGGUCAAGGAGUUUGAAGCACAAUGGGUUUUUGAGGAUGGGUUGGAAAAGUUGGCGGUGGCUGUGGAUGUUUUCAAAGAGUAUGGUGAGAAAGUGAGGGAACGGUGUGAGAGGGAGAUGAGAAAGAGGGAUAUGGCGGCUUUGGAACAGAAAAUGAGACGAGAGAAGGUUCUGAUGGAUAUCGAAGAAGAUCGACAGGAACGUAAGCGACGUGCUUCGCUGAAAGGUCAUUAGGCUUGUGAGCGCAACAGAUGCGUAUGUUAUCCACAAUGAGCUUGCACAAGAAAUGCAUAGCCAGGAACUCGUUCAAUAUCUUGUUUAAAGGUCUAUUGCAUAUCAAUAUACCAUUAGGCAAUAGAUCCAACCAGUAGCAAAAAAAACCACAUUUACACCCAUCGCAUACAUGUCCAAACAUAUCCAUACAAUAUCACAAACUCAUCAACAA